ACGCUGUCCGGGACAGCGUUUCAUGGCCAUAUAUCAGCAUGUUCACUUCAGCAGAAUGCGCAAGAACUCAACCUCAACCUCAACGCUUUCCCUCCUCCCUCUCACACUAAACCACGACCGUACUCAAACACCCGCAUUGCCGCCGCCGCCCACCCUUGCGCCACCGCUGCUGCCGCCACCUUGCUGCUGCCCUCCUCCCUCUCACACUCACUCACUCAAUUUCGUGAUACGAUGGACGGUGAAGAUCGUACGCCUGGACCCGUUGACCCUUCUGUGCUUACACUACAGGGCACACACCGCAGCGUUGCCGUAUGGGAUCAGACGGUUGAUCCGGCAAAGCAGCUCGUUUGCAGGCAUUACACCACCAGGUUCAUGGUGGGGUGGGAAAUCGAUCCUCGCGUUUUGGCGUACGUCGAGUUUGUCGGUUUAGGUGGUUUUCACCGUAUGGCGUAUAGGGAGAUCGAUCGAGCGCUUGUCACUGCGCUCGCGGAGAGGUGGAGACAGGAGACGCACUCCUUCCACCUACCUGUUGGUGAGACGACCGUUACGUUACGAGGUCCCCUGAUUUUCCUCCAGUUCUGGGCUUGGGAGCAUAUCCAUGUAGGCAGACCAGGCAGACUAUCCCACAGGGGUGUGACACUAGUGUACAGCUUCACGGCAUUGAUCGUCGGGGAAAGGGGGAGACCAGCUGGGCGCUGGAGCAUUGGCGUUUCCUUCAGCUAUGGGAGCAACGGUUGGAGUUCAUCGUUGGAGGUGAUCUAAUGCAGGGGGCUAUGGAUCCCGACGAUCCGUACAUGGUGUGGUACAGGCGUAUCACACGACGCUUCAUCAACCCCAGCUACGCACCACCAUCCACACAUUACCAUCCAGCAUAUGACAUCAUUAGCGGAUAUGCGGCGGAUAUGGUGGCGAUGGUUGAUGCGCUAUCAGUCUCCCUUGAGUGCGGACCCACUAGAGCCCAGGUCGAGCAGGUGCGAGAUAUGGGCGUCGCUACCUUACGGAGAUAUGGUCACGCUCAUCUCGCCCACCGGCGGGACGGUCAUGAUGGCAACUCACAGUUCGAUCUCGGCCAGAGCAGCGGUGGAUGUGAUCCUACGUCACCCAGACACGCAGAGGAUUACAACAUCCACAGUACUGCGCCCUCUGGUACCCAGGAGGACCCCUCGUCCAGUCAGCUGACUCCCCCACCGCCCCGAGACCCAUUCACCACCGUCACUCAUUACAGGCGGCGACGUGUCAGACGGAGGGCCGACACUCAGGAGGCAGGACCUUUACCCCGAAUAAAUGAGUCGGGCUAGUAUUAUCUGUUGUAUUCCCUGUUAUUUUGUGUAAUGAUGUACAUAACACUUAUGAAAUUAAUAUAAUAAAUCUUUUUUGAAUGACUCCGUGUGUGCUUUGAAGUUAAUUUGGUGGUUGGGCUGUUGUUGGGCUGUUUCGAGUUUUCUGCAGUGCUUAAAGUUGACGGAACUCCCAGAAUAUGGUGGUGGUACGUGGUGGGGAGUGGCGGAGUUGGUGGUCGACGGUGGUGGGGUAGGGCUGUGGAGCUGGUUGUUGUGGUGGCUGUUGGAGGACUGCAGCAUGCAAGCUGUUUGCUGAAGCUUGUUUUCUGCCUGGAUGCUGGUUGCUGUUUCCAGCAGAAAAGCGCUGUCUGAGACAGCGCUUUAUGUUCAAGCAUAAAGCGCUGUUUGAGACAGCGUUUUAUGUUCAAGCAUAAAGCGCUGUCUGAGACAGCGCUUUAUGUUGAACAUA